AUGUCAGACUCCUUAUAUUCAAACUUUUACCGAGUGCUGAACUUAAACUAUGAGCACGCCAAGGAAGAAGCACAUGAUCAGUUAGGCCCCUGGCUGCUAUGGAGAAUUUGGAAGAACAGAAACGAGUUUCUUUAUAAAGGCAAGGAUUAUGACGCUCCAAGCACGGUAAGGAAGGCAAGAGAGGACAUGGAGGAAUGGAGAUCGAGAAAAAAGGCUGAAGUGAGUGAGGUGAGUAGAGAUCACAAUGGGAAUCUUUUAUGGACAUGUGCUAGAGAACUUCCAACGCUAGGUUCGCAGAUAGAAGUUGAAGCUGAGGCGAUCAGAUGGGCAGUACGUAUUCUUGGGGGUUUCAGUUACCAACAUGUGAUUGUGGAAACUGAUUCUCUGGAGCUGACGAAGAUGAUAAAUGGCAUUGAAGCCCCAUGGCCAAAGUUGAGACCGAUCAUACAAGACAUAUCGAAUCUGCUGGCAACGAAGAAAGCGUAUAGGGUCGAGUUCUUUCCCCGGAGUGGUAAUAAAGUAGCAGAUAGGAUAGCAAAUGAGUCUUUGACAUUUAUGUCUCAUAUCCCUAAGUUGUAUUCUAUUAUGCCUGUGUGGUUAAGUUCACUGUUGGAGGCUGAAAAGCCUUUGUAA